GUUCCGGCUUUGCGUGGUCGACCGCGCUGCAGCCCAUCCUUGCCGUUGGGCAGGUGGCGUCUCCGAAGCCUGUGCUGUGGCCUUCGCUCCUCCAAGGCGCCCGCCUCGAAUACAGCGGAUCCUUUCCGACGACCGAUGGACCUUGAGUCUGCAGAUCGAGCUCUUCCAGAACCAGCCUCCACCAACACCUACAUGCUACCUGGGGCUGCGCACCGGCACGGAAGACACGGAGGACGACAGCGAAGGUGAGGAGGAAGCGAAGGAGCUCGUGGAGCUUCGCCGGCAGCAACUGCUGCCGACGCUUCGCCCCGAGUCUUGGCAAGAGACGGCUUUGGAAGCCAUGCCCUGGGGCUACGGCCACCGCUUGGUCACCAUGGUCCAGGCGCGCUGCUCCCUGCA